AUGGCUGUGGACAUGUCACCUGCUUCUCGUGAUCUGCUGAUUCUCUACGCUUCCCAAACAGGCACUGCCACCGAUGUGGCUGAGCGACUGGGACGUAAGGCUAGAGCGAGAUUCUUUAGUGUGCGUGUACAAGAUAUGGGUGACUACAAGGUCACUGAUCUGAUUAAAGAGUCUCUGGUUAUCUUUGUGGUGGCGACUGCUGGUCAGGGUGAUGCGCCUGAUAGCAUGGUGUAUCAAGUGGAAUAA